AUGGUCGCCACCUUCCCAUCCGUCCAAGCAGAUGACGAAUGGUCCCCACUCAAAAGCGUGAUUGUAGGCCGCGCCGGUCGUGCCUGUUUCCCCAGCGCCCCGGCGCCAAUGAUUGAAGCAACCAUGCCCUCAGCGCACACCCAUCGCUUCCAACCACACUCCCCCUUCGACGAGACGCUGAUCGCCAAGGCAGAGGCUGAGCUGGACUACUUCGCCGCCAUCCUCCAGGCCGAGGGCAUCAACGUCUACCGACCCCCCGUGGGGAUCAAUUGGCUCGAUGAGAACGGCUACACGGGCGCCAUGCCCCGCGAUGGCCUGAUGAGCGUCCAAAAUACCCUGAUCGAAGCUUGUUUCGCCUGGCCGUGUCGCAAUCGUGAGAUUGAGAUCGCAUUCAAGCCCAUCCUCGAUGAUUUGGCGCGAGAUGCGCGUGUGACGAUUGUUCGGCGUCCGGCGUCCUCGUUUGCCGAGACCUUACUGGACAGUAACGAGAGUGAUGAUGGCACCAACAGUAGCAGUAGCAGUCGAACAGGCGGUGCUAAUGGUACGGGACAAUGGGUCAUCAAUAACAGUCGACCGGCGUUCGACACGGCGGACUUCAUGCGGUUCGGGCAGACGAUCAUCGGUCAGUUCAGCCACGUCACCAACCAAGCCGGAGUGGAUUACAUCCAGGCACAGUUACCGACGGGCUACAAGAUCGAGAUGCUGGAGGUGGACGAUCCGCACGCGAUGCACAUCGACGCAACGAUCCUCCCGCUGCGCGAAGGCCUGCUGGCGUACAACCCCAAGAAAGUCAGUGAGGCGGCGCUGCGCAAGCACGCGGUUCUAGCGGACUGGGACCUUCGACCGUAUCCAUUCACACCUAAGGAGCCAGGCGAGGACAGCCCCCCACUGUAUAUGACUAGCCCGUGGUUGUGUUUGAAUGCGUUGGUGUUGGAUGGAGAACGAGUCGUCGUGGAGAUCAGCGAUGUCCAGACGGCGCAAUGGUUUGAGUCGCUGGGGAUGAAGUGCAUCCGGUGUCCGUUUAAACAUGUCAAUAGUAUUGGGGGGUCCUUCCACUGUGCUACGGUGGAUUUGGUGAGAGAGAAGACGAAGGCUUCGACUUCAGUGAACUAA